AGGUGAUUCUGAUUCUGCAGUGUGUGAUUUGUGUGCAGAAUGCCAACUCCAUCGACAAAAAAGAAGGUGAAAAAGGUGGCAGAGGAUCCGUUAUCUUCAUCGGGAGUCUCUUCGCUAUCCGGCAUUUCUUCGUAUAAUAUUCGCAAAAUUUCGAUUUAUAAAAAUGGAGAUAGGUAUCAUAGAGGUGUUAAGUUUGUGAUAAAUCCACGUGUGAUAAAAGAUAUGGAGCCGCUGCUCAAUCAGGUCAACGAUAGAAUCGAGCUUUCACAUGGAGCCAAGAAAUUGUACACUACGGAUGGAAAAAUUGUGAACUCGAUCAAGGAGUUGGAAGAUGGAAAGAUCUACGUCGCCGCGUCCGCCCAAUUCAUCCCAAUGCGAUAUGGAGAGUUUGCUGAAAAAGUCUGGAAACCGCCAAGCCGAAAGCACAGCCCCAUCAUGAGCUCCGACCGAAUAAAGACAGCAAGGACGCGGAGCCAAGAUCCUAGUAAACGACGACAGCCGCAGAAUUCUGGGAGCUCUGCUCCGACGGGCUCUGGUGUGCAGAGAAGUCGAUCUGUGAGGACACUGGCGGAGGAUCGGAAGUCUCGGAGAGACGCAAAUCCAGCUCGUCCAAACGUCAAUGGAGCUUCAAAUGCUCCGAAGAAGUUUGAUGGAGCACGACCGAAGGCUCCACCAGCAAGACAGACGAUUCCAAAACCUAAGAAGAUCCUUACAACGUCUACAACCAACAAAAAACCACCAACACCAAAGCGAAAAGUAUCCAAAAAAGUGCUGGGCGCUGCUGCAGCGGCCGGCGUUACAGUUGUCGGAGCAGCUGCAAUUGGAGCCGUGGCUGCCGCCAAGCGAUCAACGCCGAAGCCUAUUCCGACAGCUGUAUCGGAUGUUUCCACAGCUUCAUCGAUUCCUAUACCGAAUGUGACAGGUGCAGCUGAGAUUCUGGAGUUCCCGGAGGAAGAAAAGAAAAUCGAUAUGGCAACUAUACAUCGGACCCCAACGCCUCCAGUGGUCGCGUCGAGGCCAGCGACUGCGAAGGCUCCGGGGACACCUGCAAACAGGUCAGCGACUGCGUUGGAGGCUAAGAGUGUAUCACAACAACCAACUCCGGAGAGCUCGGAGGAAGAGGAGGAUGAAGGCAAUGGAGACGAGGAUGACGAUGAAGAAGUGGAGGAUGAUGAGGAGGAUGCAGGAUCGGAUGAAGCUGAGGAAGAACCAUCGGAUGAGGAGGAGGAGGACGAAGAGACGGAGGAGGAGGAGGAGGAGGAGGAGGAGGAGGAAGAGGAUGAUGAUGAGUCAAGAGUGGAGACACCUGCUUCCAGGAAGUCUUCUUCAGCUGUUUCAUUUUCCGGAUCCACUGAAGAAGACCACAAGAAAGGAGAUGAAGCCAAAAAAUGAUUGAUUUCUCUGUGAUUUUUUUUUCAAAAUAUUUUUCCCUUCAACUUAUCCCUCUUCCUCGUCAACAUUUUUCUGUCAAAAAUCUCCUCACUUAUUAAUAAAUGGCUAGACUUUCA